GUACACGAACCUUGAUGACGUUUUACACAAAUUACGCAAUAGAAUCCCCGGUUGAAAACAAAGUGGUCAAAACAUCGCGAUCGUCGAUGUCCAGUUUGACCAUUUAUACUGUAUUUUGCAGGCAAAACAUAUAGCCUGAAUGAGCUCUAAGUGUAUAAAGAAAUGAUAUGCUGUACAGGCACCUGUACAGACCUGUAGAGACCGAUGCAGCCAUUACGCCCGGAGCGUGCGGCGGGGCCUGUGGUACAGCGCAGACCCUCGCCCGGCGGGUCCCCGAUACACUUCCCCAGGGAACCGCCGCAGAUCGGCGAGGGACGUCUUCCAGUCUUCGUGUUCCCCACAGCCUUGACCUUCUACGCUGACGACCAGAGCACACACAAGCAGGUCCUGACCCUGUAUAACCCCUAUGAAUUCCCUCUCAGGUUCAAACUUCUCUGUACAGCCCCAAAGAAGUAUGUAGUGGUGGACUCAGAGGGGACCAUCAGACCACACUGCUGUGUAGACAUAGUUGUGAGACAUGCGGACAUUGCGCCCAGUCAGCAGGGCAUCCGGGACAAGUUUCGCCUCAACGUCUACGAGCACGGGCAGAAGCGUCUGAUUGGUCAGAAGGACAUCAUGGCGCUUCUCCUGGCCACAGCAGGCAGGGAGGAGGACGAGAGCAAGACGGACGAGGAGCGAAUGGUGGCCGCUCUCCGCCGUCAGGAGUCCGACAGUCCCGGGCGGAGAAGCCAACAUGUGAGAAGCCGCCCAUCCCACCCUGGUUUUGUGAUAAUUGCCAUUGCGACCUGUUGUAUACUGGUGCUGACCAUGCCAACCCACCUCCUGGACAAGGGCUCCCGCCUGCCUGACUACCUGCACCUCACUCUCAAUCAGAAACUUGUAGCAGCUUACAUACUAGGACUGGUUACCAUGGUGAUUCUGAGGUCAUGACCCACAGCUUCUCCAGGACCUUCCACAUCAUGAACACAUGACAGCAGUUCAACAAUGUUCAGAGUUUCCUUCCCAUACAAAUGACUCCAUUCACCAUAUUUUGUACUUACUCUUUUGUUUUCUCCAAGAGAUUGGACCUACUGACUUCUGAUCUGCGACCUGUUUUAAUUGGAAGGGCCAGUUGUAUUGAAGAAGGCCUUAGUGGAGGUUAAGAUUUGUCCAGUCAACAUUUCUUGUCUCAUAAAGAAUGUUUAAUUUUGACCAUGUUAUCUGCCAACAGAGAUAAGUUUUCUUUUGUUUUCUCCCUGGUGGCCUAAAUGUAAUGCCAUCCAGUCAAGGGUCUAUGGGCAAUCUUAUUGGUAACAACAAACAUACAUGUUCAUCUAGUAUCACAGAAUUUAUUGUGUCAUCCUUACUGGUGCUGACUCCACUGACAAAACUCUAGCUGUACCUGAUGUAUUUAUAUACUGUGAGCCUAUAACUUAUCUUCUAUGCCUCUCUCUUUAACUAUUUUGGCCUAUAUAAUGUAAUAAACUAUGCCAUAGUCAUAGGAUAAGCCACAAGUAUAGAUAGCACGUAUCCAGUGUGUUCGUUAAACAUUCUGGUGUGAGAUGGAGAGUGAAUAGUAAUUUAGGCAUCAUAUAAGAUUUGUACUGCAUUUCAUUGCCUUGCAAUUUUUAUAUCAUUUUCCAAUUUCUAUAUCCCUACGCCUUACUGUUAAGAUAUGGGCAGUAUGAAAAUGAUUUGAGGGUGCACUGUUUGCAUGCUAUAUAUGAUGGGUAUUUUAUAUGUUGGAAUUGAUGAUGGAAGUUUUCAGUUGUAGAUACUGGAUGUAUUUAAUCCUUUUCAGCCACAAAGUUGCCAAGAAGCUUUAAGAAUUUGCCACUGAUUCCAGUGUGUAUAACUUACAUACUCUUCAGUAUGUAUCAAGAAGUGAUGAUAUUGUAUGCUUUACCAGUUGUAAUAAAGAGAAUCUCAAAGUUCA